GAAAUGGUACGAAAAUACCGUGAUUGUGACGAGUCACCAACACGUGAUUUGUGACCAAAAACUUGGGCAGAACUCGGUCGCUUCGAAAGACGCAAAUUCCAGACUCAUCUGAGUCAUUUGUGAAUGUCCAUGCACUUUGCAUGACUGAUUUGUCCAUGUUAUGACCACCCCUUCAACUGUUGAGCUUACAGUUGAUUCAUACCUUGACAUAUCAAGGACAACAGUAAUUCAUGGACAUGGAUUGAGGUGUGAUUAUGUAUUGCAUGGAAAGGAAUCAAAGGAAUGUGGUGCGGUUCUUUCAUGCUGGGAGGCAAUGAGUAAGCAUUUGUUUGUACAUUGCAUUUGUAGGAGGGUCCAUGACAAAGGGACUGGUGUCAAGCAUGCACAAUAUGAAUGCCCUUUGCCACGAUGUAGUGCACCCAUUCAUGCAUCUGAGCGGUCCAUACGCGAACACAUAGAUAUGUCACACAUGCCAAUAUUCCAUGCCUUGAUCUGCCCAUUUCAACAAUGUGAAGGGACCAGUUUCACACGCUCCUCACACUUGACAAGCCACUUGCACAGUGCUCAUGCCGCCCUCAUAGGUCAAAGAGUGGACCAGUGUUCCAAGCUCUUCCUGCCUUCAUCGCGAAUGUUUCGUCCGUCAUCUUUGCCGGAUCCCCCGCCAUUACGAGACCCGUCAAUGGGAGCUGUGCUAUUGCCCGUUGUCGCAAAUGGACCUCCGCGAAAAUCUCUCAGUUGGGCAACUGGAGCUUCACAAACCCCCGGGCCAUCCUUGCCUCGUUCCCCCCAAAGGCUCAAGUAUACAGUAUCUGAGUCGUUGAUAGACGACAAAAACUCCUCCAGCAUCAUCCUCGAUGAUCUCCCCGCAUACGAUCGCACCAAGUAUUCCUCUCUUCAGACGGAUUUGGUCAUAUGGCAUCGACCUCCUCCGUUGCAGAGGGAUGUCGUUAGGCCACUUCCGAUGCUUGAUCCAGCUGUACCUCGUCCAACUGAGCCGCCCGGCUUCAUCUUGUUCAACCCUUUCAAAUCACGCGUCGAUGCUUUGGCCCAGCAGAUUGAGGCAGGAUUAUCUGUUGAGCAAGAUUGAUGAUGGAAGAUGCAACUUGAUAGGUUUCAUGCGAUGGAGGGCGAGACUGUUGUUACGGGACAAACAUCAAGCCCUCGACGCUUCGACGUCCCUUGCUACCCAUACUGUGCUAGAAAACGGAAUUCCUGCAGUGUCACAACUGAUUAUUAGUUGUGAAAUGCCGAGUAAUGUCAGGACGUAGC